AUGGCUGCCAAUGCAAGCAGCGCACACAACGUGAGUGGCACAGGUCGGGAGCAGGUGCAGCAGGUGGUGCAGGUGCAGCAUCAAUCGGACACGCCACUGACGCAGACCCCACAGGUACGGUCCGGCCGAUCCAACAUGAAUUCAUCUGGGAUGAACAAUGACCGCGCUCGCGGCUCCCAUGGCAACAAUGCGGGGAAGGGUUUCGGCGCUGGCAAGUCCAGCUGGCAGAACAAUAUCUGGGGCGACUCCAACCUCGGAGGUGGAUUUGCAGAUGAUCAACACAUUAGCGAGAACGCGUUUGAAGGAAAGUCUGGCUCUGGCUCCUUGCUAUCAUCAUCCGAAUCUGAUGGCUGGGUCGGACGUCCUAACCUGCCAUGGAGCACCGUGAACACCUCAUCCCUAGCGAUGGGUCAGAACCGCAGCAUGGCGACCUCUCCGAUCGAGACCCGUUCGAACGACCGCAGUGCUCCAGCUCUGAACAACAAUGGCGACUCGGCCUCCUCAUAUUUCGCGCUGCCGCGCACCACGGGUAUCGGAACUUCUGCGGGCACAGUCAGCCAUCGACCUUAUCUGAACAAUGGUGGCUCUGAGAAUAUUUCUCCAUCCGGAGACGGUCUUCAAUUCGGCGGGUUUCCAGCUCUUCGAAAUGGUGAUGGUCGACGACAGAUGAGUUCAACUGGUUUGGGCGGAAGUCCAGUGGGAGCCACCUUCCCUACAAAGGCUGGCUAUUCCCACCCAAUGGAUGGUCAACGCCAGGAUGACCUCGCUACUCCCAUGAACAUGUCUUCCCUUUCUGGUCUACCCGACAGCAUCUCUCCCCCACAGACACGCAGUGGACUAUCUCACAUCUCUUCCAACUCUGCUUCCUACGCUUCGCAACGACCUGUUCACUCUGCUCGCCCUUCCUUCUACUCUGACAACAACAGCAUCGAUGGUCGCUAUGCUGGUGGCUCUGUGGAUCUCAACGCGGGUAUGAACAAUCUCCAGCUGAACGAUGGAGGAUUUUCUGGCCAGGGCACAGCCCAGCGGCCUGCUUACAUUCCCCACGCUUCCUUCGACGGAUCUCUCCCUCGCAAGUUCCAGAACAAUGACGACGCUGCCUUCCACACAAUGGCAGGGUAUGGUGCCGAUGGUGCCCCAGACAUGAUCUACCAGCGCUCACGUGGUGGGGAGACUGGCUCUAUCUCUCCCUCGGACUACGCUCGCAUGGAUAGCCCGAUUUACGCCGGUGUCGAUGGUGCUCAGUACCGGAACUCUGGUGGUCGCAUGGGCGAAAGCCAAAUCGCGGCCUUCGAGCGCCGCCUGCGACUUCAGCAGGAAGAGCUCGCGCAGAGUCAGGGCAACAGCAUGCAGCGGAUGCAGAUGCCACCGUCAUAUGAUUACCAAGGAUACCAGGCGGCUCGUCUCAACGCUAUCCAAGGCUACUACACCAUGCCCUCCAUUGGUCUUGGUGCUGCUGCUAUGGCCAACCGUUCCCACCGAGAGCACGACCCCACCCAGGUGAUCCGCAGCCCGUUGCUAGAAGAAUUUCGCGCGAACAGCAAGGGCAACAAACGCUAUGAGCUGAAGGACAUAUACAACCAUGUCGUUGAGUUCAGCGGGGACCAACACGGCUCGCGCUUCAUCCAGCAAAAGCUCGAAACUGCCAACAGCGACGAGAAGGAGCAGGUCUUCCGCGAAAUCCAGCCCAAUUGCUUGCAGUUGAUGACCGAUGUGUUUGGUAACUACGUGGUCCAGAAGCUUUUCGAGCACGGUAAUCAGACUCAGAAGAAGAUCUUGGCCAACCAGAUGCGCGGGCAUGUUCUCGCUCUGUCGACUCAGAUGUAUGGAUGUCGUGUAGUGCAAAAGGCACUGGAACACAUCCUUACCGAUCAACAGGCGGCCAUGGUGAAGGAGCUUGAGAACCAUGUUCUGAAGUGUGUCCGAGAUCAAAACGGCAACCACGUCAUCCAGAAAGCCAUUGAGCGUGUCCCCUCCCACUACGUGCAGUUCAUCAUCAAUGCAUUCCGUGGCCAAGUGAACCGACUUGCGGCUCACCCUUACGGCUGCCGUGUUAUUCAGAGGAUGCUCGAGCAUUGCGAAGAAGUUGACCGGCAGUCUAUCCUAGGCGAACUCCACGCUUGUACAACCGCUCUCAUCCCGGACCAGUUCGGAAACUAUGUCAUCCAACAUGUCAUUGAGAAUGGCGAUGAGAAGGACCGCAACCGCAUGAUUGUCAUUGUCAUGGGCCAGCUUAUGGCUUACUCCAAGCACAAGUUCGCCAGCAACGUCGUUGAGAAGAGCAUUGAGUUUGGCGAGGAGAGCCAGCGUCAUCACAUCAUUUCUACGCUGACCUCGUCCCCUGACCGCAACGGCGAAAACCCUCUCCUUGGCUUGAUGCGCGAUCAAUAUGGCAACUACGUCAUCCAGAAGGUUCUUGGUCAACUGAAGGGCGCCGAGCGCGAGGCCCUCAUCGACCAGAUCAAACCCAUGCUGAGCCAACUUAAGAAGUUCAGCUAUGGCAAGCAGAUAGUCGCGAUUGAGAAGCUCAUCUUCGACCCUAACAACCCGCCAUCCAAGCGCUCCAUCCCCAUGGAGCAGCCGCGGGCCUUUGUCGGCACCGCCCCUCCCACCCCACCCCCGACGGACAACCAGAAUACCGUCGACGACUCCCUUGAGUCGAAGGGGCUUGCUCACAGCACGGUGACUUCGGUUUCCAGUCCCGAGACAGGCAACACCGGUGUUGCGGUCCCGGUCGAUGUCACCAGUGCUCACUAA